UCCCAUGCCCCCCACCCCACCUCUUUAUAUAAUUCGCUCGCCUCCCCACCUUCUUCAUUAUUUUACAGUGUAUCAAGAAGAAAAAGUUCUUGAUCGUCAAAAUGGUGGGUUUUGAGACCUUUCUUGAAGCUCCUUCCAAGGAAAUGAAAGGUGUUGUGGGGUACGACGUGCCUGAGGGUGUCGACAUCAGGGGAAGAUAUGACCCGGACUUUGCAAGAAUUCUGACCAAGGAUGCUGUCCAGUUUGUGGCUGGUCUGCAGAGGGAGUUGAGCCAUAUCAAGUAUGCAAUGGAGUGCAGAAAGGAGGCUAAGAUGAGGUACAACAAUGGGGCGCUGCCGGGAUUUGAUCCGGCCACAAAGUACGUCAGAGAAGGGGAGUGGGUUUGCGCAGCGCCGCCCCCCGCGGUGGCUGAUCGGCGGGUGGAAAUCACGGGGCCGGUGGAGAGGAAGAUGAUCAUUAAUGCACUCAAUUCUGGAGCCAAAGUUUUCAUGGCUGAUUUUGAGGAUGCACUCUCACCAAGUUGGGAGAACCUGAUGCGAGGACAAGUGAACUUAAGGGAUGCUGUUAAUGGGAAUAUAAGCUUCCAUGACAAGGCCAGAAAUAGAGUUUACAAGCUUAAUGAACAGACGGCUAAGCUUUUCGUCCGCCCCAGAGGCUGGCACCUGCCGGAGGCUCACAUCUUCAUUGACGGUGAGCCCGCCACCGGUUGCCUGGUCGACUUUGGCCUCUAUUUCUUCCACAAUUGGUCAGCGUUUCGCAAGACUCAAGGGGAAGGCUUCGGGCCCUUUUUCUACCUCCCGAAAAUGGAACACUCGAGAGAAGCUAGGAUAUGGAACAGUGUGUUUGAGAGGGCAGAAAGAAUGGCUGGAAUAGAAAAGGGGAGCAUAAGAGCCACUGUGCUGAUUGAAACUCUUCCUGCAGUGUUUCAAAUGGAUGAAAUUCUGUACGAGCUUAGAGAUCAUUCGGUUGGCUUGAACUGUGGUAGAUGGGAUUACAUUUUCAGCUACGUCAAGACGUUCCAGGCUCACCCUGAUCGCCUUCUGCCUGACAGAGUUCUCGUUGGCAUGACUCAGCAUUUCAUGAGAAGUUACUCUGACUUGCUCAUUAGGACCUGUCACAGGCGCGGAGUCCAUGCCAUGGGAGGAAUGGCGGCUCAGAUUCCUAUAAGGGAUGAUCCGAAAGCAAAUGAGGCAGCUCUAGAUUUGGUUAGGAAGGAUAAACUGAGAGAAGUGAGAGCAGGGCAUGACGGGACUUGGGCAGCACACCCUGGACUAAUCCCAGCUAUCAUGGAAGUCUUCAACAACAACAUGGGCAACAAAGCCAACCAAAUCCAGUCCGUGAAACGUGAAGACGCAGCCAACCUGACUGAGGAAGACCUCCUCCAGAUCCCAAGGGGCGUACGGACCAUGGACGGCCUCCGCCUCAACACAAGGGUUGGCAUCCAGUACGUGGCUGCAUGGCUCACCGGCUCUGGAUCUGUUCCCCUCUACAACCUCAUGGAGGACGCUGCAACAGCUGAAAUAAGCCGAGUGCAGAACUGGCAAUGGCUGAAAUAUGGUGUGGAAUUGGAUGGAGACGGCCUCGGCGUGAAGGUGACUCGAGACCUCUUCGGGAGAGUCGUUGAAGAGGAAAUGAGGAGGAUUGAGAGAGAGGUUGGGAAGGAUAAAUUCCAGAAGGGAAUGUACAAAGAGGCAUGCAAGAUUUUCACAAGGCAAUGCACAACACCAGUGUUGGAUGAUUUUCUGACCCUUGAUGCCUACAACCAUAUUGUGAUCCAUCAUCCCAAGGGAUCCUCCAGGCUCUAAACAAUUUCAUGCCUGGGAGAUCAAUUUCCUACGUUGUGAUUUCUACUCCACUGUAUCACCUGUUUGUUUAUGUGUGUGCUCUACUGUUUGCUGCAAAUAAAUCAUAAUGUCCGGUUUUAAUACAGUUGAGAUCUUUCCUAUGCGUA